UGGCCGGGCGGGCUCGGCGGCGUCCCCAUGGCCGCGGCCGGCUGGCGGGACGGCUCCGGCCAGGAGAAGUACCGGCUCGUGGUGGUCGGCGGAGGCGGCGUGGGCAAGUCGGCGCUCACCAUCCAGUUCAUCCAGUCCUAUUUUGUGACGGAUUAUGACCCAACCAUCGAGGAUUCCUACACAAAGCAGUGUGUGAUAGAUGACAGAGCAGCCCGGCUAGAUAUUCUGGAUACAGCAGGACAAGAAGAGUUUGGAGCUAUGAGAGAACAGUAUAUGAGAACCGGCGAGGGUUUCCUGUUGGUCUUUUCAGUCACAGAUCGAGGCAGUUUUGAAGAAAUCUAUAAGUUUCAAAGACAGAUUCUCAGAGUGAAGGAUCGGGAUGAGUUUCCAAUGAUUUUAAUUGGUAAUAAAGCAGAUCUGGAUCAUCAAAGACAGGUAACACAGGAAGAAGGACAACAGUUAGCACGACAGCUUAAGGUAACAUACAUGGAGGCGUCAGCAAAGAUUAGGAUGAAUGUAGAUCAAGCUUUCCAUGAACUUGUCCGGGUUAUAAGGAAAUUUCAAGAGCAGGAAUGUCCUCCUUCACCAGAACCAACACGGAAAGAAAAAGACAAGAAAGGCUGCCAUUGUGUCAUUUUCUAAGAAUCCCUUGAAUUUUAGCUACCAACUGCCAGGAAAAGCCCUCAUCGUCUCCUCCUCUCCUUAUGGUUUACAUCACAUCGUGUUGGUACCUUUCUAGCCUUAGACACAAAUGAUCACCGUGGUAGCCUUAGACCAAGAAGCUGGCUAAUCCUUUCCGUGAAGCUAAUCCUAUGGUCAUUUCAAGACACAUUUAAAGGAAACACUAAGGCUGCUUCAAAGAUUAUCUGAUUUCUUAAAAAUAAUGAUCUAUAUACAUAGACAUAUUCUUUUUUAAGGGCUUACAUUUUAAUAGGGAUGAAUCAGUUUUGGAACCUAAGCUGUUUGCCAAGCUGAAGUCAUAGGUUGUGAAAUUAACUUUUAACUUCUGGAAUCAUAUUGCCUAUUGUUACUCUAAAUAGAAACAUGAGUUGUUUUUAAAUGUGAAUUUUUGCCUAUCUCUAAAAAUUUUGAUGUCAACUUUAGUUAACCUUAAGUACACUGAAUUGAAUCCACAGAAGUGAGACAUCUCAGACCUUUGCUGAUGCUACAGCCUUUGUUUUCCAGUGGCCAAAAUACCAAAAUGCCUGUUAUGUUUAUAGAUUAAAAACAGCGUAUAAAGCAUUUAUUACAGCUCCACUCCUAAAGAUGAUAAUAAUGUUCUUUGUGGCCAAAUAUUUGGACUUAUUCUGCAUUUAGGCAUUUCAAUGUUCUUGGCUUUUUAAGUUAACUCUUUUCACAGCCAUGUUGAGAGUAAAAAUAAAUAAUUUCUGUCUGUCUUCCUUUUCAAGUAUUUCUGGAUAAGGGAUUCAAAAAAAACUAAAACUGUUUUUGUUUGUAAUAUAAAAUAUGGAAUUGAUCUUUCCGGGGUCAAAGAUGAUUAAUGUUUUUGCUAUAUACUUUUAUACAUUAUUUUCUUAUCAAACUAGUUAACAAGUAUUUUUAUAUGUUUGUAAGCAAAUAUGCUUUCACAGCAUACCUUGUGUAUAUGUAAAGAUAAGUAUUUAAUUCUCACUGUUCACUUUUAACUGACAAAGAAAAAAAACAGUGAAAACUACAGAAACUGUGGUAGAGCUGUCCUUGCCAUCCCGGUCCUGGUCCUGGUGGCUCCCGCCUUUGGCCAGUCACACACCUGCUUGAGAAACCUCCUCCGUAGACGACAACAGGGUGAGAAUCUGAAGUCACUUGUGAUGUCCCGUACUAGGUAUUGACUGUUCUAUCAAGUAGUAAGUGUAAAACUUCUCUUUGACGAUUAGUAUAACUGUGGAUGGCUUCUGAUUUUUGUUUUUAAUUUUGUGGAUUGUGUUUCAACAAUUCAGAAGUAUGUUCCUGAUGGUGAGAUACUAAGUGGUAUUGCACGGUUGUCACUUUAUUGAAUGUGUACAACAGCCCCGUGAAGUUGAUAAAGCGUACCCUUGUAUAGCUUCAGGUGCUAGAAUUAAAACUGAUCUGUUAUCACAA